AUGGUUUCUUUCCAGUGCGAUGGCUGCCAGGAUGUGGUUAAAAAGCCCAAGCUCGAUUCUCAUGGUGCCAGGUGCUACGCCUCCUUUACUUGUAUAGACUGUAGCAAAACGUUUGCUGGCCCAGCACAAUGGAAGGGACACACAUCUUGUAUAUCUGAGGAACAGAAGUACCACAAGAGUGUUUAUCAGGAGCCAAGGGUGGGUAGGGUCGAGGCAGAGGGCGUGGUCAACGAGGUGGGUGGGGAGGCCGAGGUGGCGGACGUCCCUCUCAACGCAUGGACCGCUCCACCUCCCGACCCUGUGAAUAACGAACCGUUCAACUCGAACAAUUGGACCGCAAGUCCCGACGAAGUAGCCACAGCAAAGCAGACCCCGGCCGCCACCACCUCGUCAAUCAAUGGGAAUCCUGAACCCGAGAAGAAACCCAAAAAAUCUAAAAAGAGAAAAGCCGAAGACGGCGAGGCGGCGGAGCCUGUUAAUACCGAGCCUACGCCCGAAGAGCCGGCCAAAAAGAAGAAAAAGAAACAUACCGACGAGCCAGUCAAGAAAAAGUCUCGAAAGUCCGAAGGGGGAAGCAACGAUACGCCGGCGGCUCCCAAUGGCGGCGUCGAUCCGGACGCCACUAUGGCAGAUGCUGUAGUAGAACCCGCUACGAAGAAAGAGAAGAAGAAGUCGAAAAAGUCUCACAAGUCCAAGCCCGCUGAUACUGAUGCUGACACCGCUCAAGAAAUUGAGUUGUCUGGCAUCAUCAAUGGCGAGACCCCCGCAACUGUUCCACUUGCGACUUUUGUCAACGACAAUGCGCCUCCUCCGAUAAAGGUAACGGAAGAGUCCUCCAAGAAGAAAUCUAAAUCUACGGAGGUGGUUGCCGAACCGGAGCCAACUAGCAAUGGUGUCGAAUUGGCGAAUGGGCAUGGUGAACAAGGAAAGAAGGAAAAGGGGAGUAAGGGGGACAAGAAGAACAAGAAGAACAAGAAAGAUAAGAAAAAUAAUCAGCCCGACGAAAUUCAUCAAGCUUCGCUAGUUGAACAGCCAUCGACCUCCGAGCCUAUCGUACCGAAGGAACAAGCGUUGGGUGGAAAAGAUUUGAUACCGGUUUCUACAAUCGAGGCGACGGCUGAGAAGGAGAAAAAGGACAAGAAGGUUAAAAAGGACAAGAAAUCCAAAAGUAACACGGAUAUGCUACCGGCGGUAGAGACCGCUCCUGCACUCGCUGAAAUGCCUACGGUCGAAUCCAAGAAGUCGAAAAAGCAUAAAUCCAAAAAGAAAGACGUCGACGAAGACCUCGUACCUGCUACUGAAUCCGUAUCGAAUGGCGCUGCCGAUUCUAAAGAGAAGCACAAGAAAAAGUCCAAACGACGUGACAAGGAAGCUGAAGCCACUGCUGCCUGA